AUGUCUGUGAAGCUCCAUCAACGACCCCCAUUCAGGGCUGAGCACCUUGGCUCGCUUCUCCGCCCUGCCGAAUUACUCAAAAUUCGCCAUAAGAUAGACGAGUCCCAAGGAAAGCCAUCGGGCCUCGAGAAAGAGCUUGCAGCAGUUGAGGAUACAGCAGUCAAAGACAUCGUCAAAACACAGCUGGAUCUGGGCUUUCACCCCAUUUCUGAUGGCGAAUACAGACGCCAUAUGUUUUGGGGUUCGUUCUUUCCAGGACUCGAUGGAUUUGAAGAGAUCCAGAACCCGGACAUUGACAUUUUCCGACUUUACGUCCCGGAUAUCGAUGCCUUUUUAGAAGAGGGACAUAAACCAGGAGAGUCUGUGAUCUGUACAGGAAAGAUCAAGCAUGUGGGGAGCACUUAUGUUGACGAGUGGAACUUUCUGAAAAACCAACUCCCAAAAGAGCGGCAGGGGGAAGCAAAACUCACUCUCGCGGCACCAAACUGGUAUCACCUGCGCUAUAAGCAGGGACAAGCCUACCCUAAGAGCGUCUACGCGAAUGACGAAGAAUACUUCGAAGAUAUCGCUGCAGCGUACCGCGCCGAACUCAAGAUUCUAUAUGAUAACGGGCUAAGAAACGUCCAAUUUGACGAUCCCAACUUGGCAUAUUUCUGCUCCGAGAAAAUGCUUUCCGGCUUCCAAAAAGACAACCAAGACGCCGACGCACUGCUCGACUCGUACAUCAAGCUCUACAACGGCUGCCUGCGCGACCGACCAGCCGAUCUCCAUGUAGGCGUGCAUCUCUGCCGCGGGAACUUCGUCGGCAGUAGACACUUCUCCGAAGGCGGCUAUGACAGGAUCGCCAGCAAGCUCUUCCGGGACCUGAACGUAGAUACCUACUACCUGGAAUACGACACGCCUCGCGCCGGGGGGUUCGGGCCGCUGAAGCACUUGCCGAGGGGCAAGAAUGUUAUUCUGGGACUGGUCUCGAGCAAGUUUCCGGAGAUGGAGGAGAGGGAGGAGUUGAAGAAGAAGGUUUAUCAGGCGGCAGAGUUGAUUGCGGAGGGGACGGGGGAGAGCAAGGAAGAGGCGUUGGCUAGACUGGGCGUUAGCCCGCAGUGUGGGUUUGCUAGUCACAGUGAUGGAAAUGCUGUCGUGAAGGAUGAUAUGAUUAAGAAGUUGAAGCUUGUGAGAGCGUUGGCUGAUGAAAUUUGGCCAAGUCAGCCGUGA